CACCCGCAAGUCGCACUGCCCCCACAAUCACAUUCCCCAAAUUCCCGAAACCUGAAAAAUUGAAAACCGAACCCUAGCUCUCCGCCUCUGCUCAUAUUACCUGCUGCGGUGGCGGUAUUACCUCCAGUCUCCCCCCAAAUCGGUGACCACGGCGGCACAACACAGUUCCCCAUCCCCUCUCUGAGUCCCUGUUCAGCAUAGAGCUGCAGCGGCGUCCACGGUCGGAAACCACCAACCAGCACAGCGGGCCAGCGGUGUCGGCCGUCCGCCCCUCCCAGUUUGUCUGUUCAGCAGCGGUGUGAUCGGCGUCCGGAUACUAGAACUGUAAAGGCCUUCUUUUUUUUGGCAGGUAAAAUAAAGUAUUAAGAGUUUAGGGCUAAAAGAUGAGUUCAGGAGGAGGUGGUGAGAAAGGGUCAACUACCACAAAGACCCCAGCAGAUUUUCUCAAAUCAAUCCGGGGACGACCAGUUGUUGUCAAGCUUAAUUCUGGAGUUGACUAUAGAGGUAUCCUUGCUUGUCUGGAUGGAUAUAUGAACAUAGCAAUGGAGCAAACCGAAGAAUAUGUCAACGGGCAGCUAAAAAACAAAUAUGGCGAUGCUUUCAUUCGAGGAAACAACGUUUUGUACAUCAGCACAUCAAAGAGGACACUAGCAGAUGGGGCCUAGGUACCUAGCCUUGAGCUGUUUCUGAAAAAGCAAAAAUACGUCUGAUUUGCAAUGCCCGUGGAGAUAUCAACCAUAACUCCUACCUUUCAAUGAGAUACUUCUGAUAUCAAACAUAAUGCAGUAGCAUCUUGGCAGGAUUCUGUAUGUCUUAAUGGUUGUGAGUUUGUGACUGGAAACCAUGUCUAGCCCAAAACAAUUGCAUACCAUAAUGCAUCCAUCUUAAUUCUUAAAUAGACUUCUUGUUAGAAUGCACUGUAGAAAACUCAUGUUGGGGUUUGAACUUUGAAGAAAUGUACUUGCUUUCGAAUUUUCAUUUGACA